AUGAAUACUCUUAUUUUUAUCUUAUUUGCAACUUUAUCUUUUCAAUUUUGUCAUUCUCAAUGGCCUGACCAAACGAAUACAGGAUAUAUUCAUGCGCCAGGAUAUCCAGGAUCGUUGACUACAUGUACUACUCCAAUACCUAGCAAUAGUAUGGUUAAAUAUUGUAACUUUCCAGAUGGCUACUAUGUUGGAAGUGGCUCAAACUAUCCCAGGAAUAUAACUUUUAUUGGCUGUAGAUUUGCAUCCAAUGCUUUAGAUGAUGCAAAUGUUGCAGUUUUUGGUUACAAUAUAACUUUUAAUUAUUGUACUUUUGAACCAAUUUUUAAUAUUACAAAUCCAUCCUACACUCAAGGAUAUCAAUAUGGAAUUGACCAAAGAAAGUUUGCUGGAGGUUUAUUUAUAAAUUACUGUAAUAUCUGGGGAUUUGGAAAUGGAUUACAAUUAGGUUUUUCAAAUAAAACAAAUCCAAUUAUAGUUACCAAUAGUUGGAUUCAUAACCCACGUGCAGAUGGAGGAAUAGAUCAUACAGAUGGUAUUCUUGAGAAUUAUGGUGGUGUAAGUUAUAUGACCUUUGACCAUAAUACAAUUGUUGGAGUUGGUAAUACUCAAGCUUUAGGACUUCAAGGAGCAGAUGAUCCAUAUGACCAUAUCACUGUAACUAACAACCUAUUUAGUGGAUAUGGAUAUGUGGUGAGCUUUGGUCAUAAAAUGAGUACCAAUAUUAUUUUUACUGGUAAUGUAUGGUCGAGCCAAUUUGAACCAAUUCACGGACCAAUGUAUGAUUCUACAUUGUUUGAAACUGCUGGUCUAAACAACCUUUGGAAAAACAAUACUCUCAAAGUGUAUCCAGGAACAACUUGGAUGAAUUUUGGAAACAAUGGAAAAUAUUGGUGGGCUACAGAUGGCAUGGUUUCAAAUCCCAAUCAGAUCAUUGGCCAUAAUAUAGAUUAUAUCAAUCCUUAA